AUAAACAAACAAGGCACCCUACGUCCUUGACAGUCGCAACCAGGCCAAGGCCGGCUCGGGGCCUUAUUAAUAAAUGACUCCCCUAGGCCCAAAGAACGCCGGCCUCAGUUCUUGGGGGGUUGGGAGACGGCCACCGCGCGUCGAGGGGCUUCCUCCGCCUCGUCCCCCUCGCGCGGCCCGCAGGGUUUGUGAUGGGAUCUCCCAGGCGACGGGCUCCGCACCAAGAUGGCGGAGGAAAAGGACCCGGAGAGUACAGAGGCAAUAGUGGCAGAACUUCAUAAGAAGAUCAAAGAGGCGUUUGAAGUGUUUGACCAUGAAUCGAAUAAUACAGUAGAUGUAGAGGAAGAAGAACCCACUGGGUACAUUCGAUUUGAAAAAUUUAUUCCAGUGAUGACCACAGUACUUCUAGAAAAAAGAUACAGACCAAUUGCUGAAGAUGUCCUUUUGCGAGCUUUCGAGGUUUUGGAUCCAACUAAACGUGGGUUUCUGACUAAGGAUGAACUAGUCAAGUACAUGACUGAGGAAGGCGAGCCUUUUUCCCAAGAGGAAAUGGAAGAAAUGUUGUCUGCUGCAAUUGAUCCUGAAUCAAACACCAUUAAUUACAGAGACUACAUAACAAUGAUGGUGAUAGAUGAAAAUUAAAUGCUCCAAAGACUUCUUUUUUCUCCUUUUAAGACAACUGUAAACAUUCAAUUUCUAAUUGAAAAGAUACUUUGAAAAAUUGUCCUAAUUUUUACAUUUUAUCUUAAAAUUUCUAUAUUUAGUGUCUCAUGAUAUAAUUGUUUCAAGGUAUUUUGUUUACUAGAGAUGAUCAAUUUAAAACAUAAAUUUUUUAGAUGACCAGCUUUAUGGACAGACAAGUUGAUUAUUUAAAAGGAAUUAUACAGUAUUUUAAUGUUAAGUGCAUCCUUGCUCAUUUUUCCCAACGAGGCCAAUGAUACAUUGAAAUUAAUUAGACAGAAAAUAGAGAUUGAUCCUAACCCCCCAAGAUUUGCCAUAGAAAGCUUUUGCAGGGCAGGAUGGCCACAGACUAGAUGUGAGUGGCAGUGUGGUGAUGGCUCCUUUCAGAGCAGCAGUAAACACUUCAGCAGGCAGAAUAUGGAGGGAGAGCAACUGGAAUAACUAUUAAUAAUUGAUUUCUUAUGAAUGCCAAUUACAAAUCUCAUUUGAGAGUCUAAUAACUUGGGGUAAAAUUGAAAAUUGCUCAUCCAGCAUGUUGCCAUUUAUGGAGUAGUUGAAGGAGGUGAGGUAAUUGAAUCCAGAGAGAGGAAGACUGAAUGGAAACAGAGAAUGGCAACUCCUUUUUUGUUCUUUACAAUUCUCACCUAUUCAGAAUAUCUGUCUUGGGAGUAUUGUCCUGGGUACUGAGUGUAUUCAUCUGUUGUUACCGGAAUGUAGUAUCUGAAAGGCACUGACUCCCAAAGAAAGCAGUUCAAUUAGCUCCCAGUUAUAGAUGGUCAAGGUCCAGGCAGCAUUGUGCAGGCUGAGCGAGGGCCACCCUUGCAUGCACCUCACCAAGGUGCAGCUAGACAGACAGAAGCACGUGGUGGUGCAAGCAAGAGCAGGGAGGCUGGGAGGGAGGGCCAGGCCUGCUCCUUUUACAAUGGUCCUCUCAUAAGAAUUACUUUUCAGGCUAGGGAGAUGGCUCAAGGGAUAACGUAUUUGCUGAGUGUCAUUAGAUAACGUGCUGGAAGCUGGAGAUGAGAGAUGGAUAAGCUUCUAAUUAAUCAAGGUCACAGUUUACUGAGGGAGGCUUGCAAGUCAAUCAGCAACCACACAUUCAGGGGACUGAAGGUUACACAAAAGAAGCAAGAGUCAGCCUGGUGGGGGUGAGGAUGGGGGUGAGGGUGCUUUCUGGUGGGCAGACUCAAAGAGGUAGUAACACAUGUCUUAGAAACUUAGUAGUUCUUAAGUUUUGACAGUCAUUCUUUGAGCAGUUUACUUCAGAGCAUGUCAGCAGCAGGACAGCAGAUCAAACCCCCAGAGGUGUCAUGAAACACAAGAAUCUGGGAAAUGAAAGUAUGGUUCCUAGAUAUUUGGAACCUGAUGAGAGAUGAGAGGUCGGAGUGGGAGACAGCAACCAUAUGCUCAGAGAUAAUGGGCUAAUUGGGGUUAAGGUUUCUGUGUUUGAACGUGAACUUGAUUCUGAAAAAUCAGAGAAAGGAGUUGGAGUUGUAAAUAGUCUGAGAAAUCCUGUGAAGGUCAAGACCAGAGGCGGGAGACCAGCUGGUAGGCGGCUUGGUUGGCAGUAAGAGCUGGGCUAGGGGAAGUCAAGCACAAGUCCUCCUAAGUUUCUGCCUGGAGCACUUGGUAAGUGAUGGUGGCAGCCAUUCGGAUAAGAUGCCCAAGGCUUGGGCUGCUAAGCUCGACUGUGGUCCUCUCUGGCUUAAGAACUGGUGGGAGGGGGCUGGGGAUUUAGCUCAGUGGUAGAGCGCUUACCUAGGAAGCGCAAGGCCCUGGGUUCGGUCCCCAGCUCCGAAAAAAAGAACCAAAAAAAAAAAAAAAAAAAAAAGAACUGGUGGGAGAUAGAAAGAUCAACUGGAUAAAUAAGGGGACAUCUGUGAGAGACAUGGGCUUUGAAGUUGUCAGCAUGUGGUGUCCUGG